GCACAUCAAAGACUAGAGCAGUACCCCAUGCAUGGCUGACAACCGUGUUAACCACAGCGUCCAAUCCUCAGUGUUCAACGUUCUUCUUUACAGAUGGCAAAACCUUCGCCACCGCUGUCUUCACGGACUUCUUGGCUCAGUUCCGGAACCCUUGUGGUGUGGGGCUGUUCGAGGUGGCAGUGGACGGCAAGGACGCUAACGUGACGCAGCUCUCCCGGGUGGUCGACGAGGCUCGGCAGCUGCGGCAGGUGUCAUGGUGCGUGACGGUGGUGGUGGUGAGCGACGACCCAACCUUCCUCGCCGCCUUCGCCGAGUGGUCCCUCAAGGGCCACCUCCUGGUGUGGUCGACGAGACUCCUCGCCGUAACUCACCUGCCUCUCCCUGACCUACGCUACAUCCACAGGACCUUUUCCAGGAUGAACGCUAUGGUCGUCAUUGUGGAAGACGCAACUGAGACAUUGAAGUGCAAUGUGUACAUACACUUACCAUACAGUUCUCCAGAGGACCGAGCUGUGCGUCUUGCCUUCUGGACGCCCCAGCGAGGUCUCACCCUCACUACCCACUUGCCGCUUUUCCCUGACAAAUACUCCAA